AGUUUUUUCAAUUCAUCUUUCUUCUUCGUACACCAAAGAAAGAAAAAAAAAUCAUCGUUCUUAGACGGCACCACCAUGGCCGCUUCACCACCACCGUCACCGUCGCAGGCACCGCCGUAUCCACCGGCGACAAAAAUUACCGAUCUUGACUCCGAUUCAAUCGCUCACUGCGUCGUGAAUCUAACCCUCCACGACGUAUGCAACUUAGCAAAGACCUCCACCGCUCUCAAACACCUCGCUUAUUCCGAUCCCGUUUGGCAUAGCUUAUUCAAAAAUCGUUGGAAUCGAGAAUUACCGGAUGCGGCGGCGGUGCCGGCGAAGGAACUGUACAUUUCUAGACACACGGAUUUGCAUCAGUUCAAGUUUCGUGAUCCUUUUGUAAGAACAGUUCAUUUUGAUGGACGUGCUUCUAAACCUUUCAACCAUUUGAUCCUUCAUCAUAACAAUGUUUUCUUUUCUCAGGGCUCAGAUGCAGGAAUGAUAAUUUUUGAUGAUCAUCAAGAUACAGUUGCCGUCCAUAAGAUGAGUGGUCAUAACGCAAGAAUCACUUGUAUGAGGCUGUUUUCCCUGGGAGGGCAAAAUGUUUUGGUUACCUCAAGCUGUGAUCGCACCAUUCAACUGUGGUCGAAGGGUUCUAAUCUGCGAAGCUUGAAAGGUCACAAUGGUCCAGUGUUGUCACUAUCAAAUAAAUUAUUGGGAGAAGAAGGCAGCAAAGUCUUGGCAAGUGGAGGAGAAGACGGUACUGUUCGACUAUGGUCCCUUAGCGCAAAUGGAAAAAGAGUGAAAAGUGCUUUGAAGGCUACACUCUAUGGACAUGAAAAACCUGUAAACUUUUUGUCAGUUUCCGGGCACAAAACUUCGCUUUUGGUGACUAUCUCAACAGAUUCUAAGGUAAGGGUUUGGGAUACAACUGCAUCAUCAUCAGGUCGCUCGUCCUGUGUGGGAAUGACUAAUGUUCGUGGUGCAACUGUAAACAUGCAAUGCCAUGAAUCAUUGGUGUAUGUGGCAGCUGGUUCCUCUGUCACUGCAGUUGAUUUAAGGACAAUGCAGAAAGUUAUCACAGCAGCCGUCCAUCAAUCAAAAUUGUAUUCAUUUGGCGUAGUCCCCUCAAAAUCUUUAAUUGGCACAGGUGGUGAUGGCAGAGCAAUGCUUUGGGAUAUUAGGAAAAAUCAAGAGCCAUUAAAGCCAGUACCGAUAGCCGAGUUAGACGGACAUUCUGGACCAGUAACUCGUUUGCACAUGGAUUCAUACAAAAUAGUUACUGGUGGACCUGAUGAUGCUUAUGUAAAUGUAUGGGAAGUUGAGACUGGUGUACUAACAAAUUCCUUUCUUUGUUUUGAUGAGGAAGACAUUGGUGGUUCUUUCUGUGAUGACAUGGUUGUAGAUGGCUGUAGAAUUGUCACUGCUAGUAAUUAUAAUGAUGAUUGGGGUGUUUUUAGCUUUAGGGACUUCGAUAAUGCUACAAUUCCUGCUACCAAACUAGAAAAUGAACCAUCUUCAAAAUUUUGGGGUUCUCAGUCUGAUAGUGAUAGUGAUAGUGAUGAAUGACAUAUGAAUAAUCUUUGUGGCUCCCAAAUGAUAUAUAGAUCAAUUUAUUUAUUUCAUUUGGUUUAUAUGGCAUUCUUGUAUUUAUGUUUAACCUAUAUUAUAGAGAGCAAUUUUCUUCAGCUUUCUAAAAAACUACAAAUGUUUUCUGAAGUGUACUUUUGGACGGCUUAUUUUCAAGAUGGUAGAAUAC